GUAAUGGAAAUCCUGCCCUAAUUUAUCUAGGCCUUUCUGCUGUCACAGCGAUAAGCAGAAACUGAAAAAAAGGUUUCCAAAAAUGGCUUGACUCAUGUAGAUAUUCUGUGAACUCCAUUCCUGAAGCUGUUAUAAAUGUAAUGGAAGAUGAGAUUACUUCAUUUACGAAGGUGCUUUUACAGAUCAUCACCAUUUCCCAGCCCAAACUGAGGCACUAUGUGUGAUGAUGAUGAAACCACUGCCCUUGUUUGUGACAAUGGGUCUGGUCUUUGCAAAGCUGGAUUUGCAGGAGAUGAUGCUCCAAGAGCCGUGUUUCCAUCCAUUGUUGGACGUCCUCGACAUCAGGGUGUUAUGGUUGGAAUGGGUCAAAAAGACAGCUAUGUAGGGGAUGAAGCACAAAGCAAAAGAGGGAUCCUGACGCUGAAGUAUCCCAUUGAGCAUGGAAUCAUCACCAAUUGGGACGACAUGGAAAAGAUUUGGCAUCAUUCUUUCUACAAUGAGCUCCGCGUUGCACCAGAGGAGCACCCUGUGCUGCUGACCGAGGCUCCAUUGAACCCCAAGGCCAACCGUGAAAAAAUGACUCAGAUUAUGUUUGAGACAUUCAAUGUGCCAGCCAUGUAUGUAGCAAUUCAGGCAGUGCUGUCUCUGUAUGCAUCCGGAAGAACCACUGGGAUAGUUUUGGAUUCUGGGGAUGGUGUCACGCACAAUGUACCCAUCUAUGAGGGCUAUGCUUUGCCCCAUGCAAUUAUGAGGCUGGACCUUGCAGGCAGAGAUCUGACUGACUAUCUCAUGAAGAUCCUUACAGAGAGAGGCUAUUCUUUUGUCACCACUGCGGAACGGGAGAUUGUGAGAGAUGUAAAGGAGAAGCUUUGUUAUGUGGCUUUAGAUUUUGAAAAUGAAAUGGCAACUGCUGCUUCCUCCUCCUCCCUUGAAAAGAGCUAUGAGCUUCCUGAUGGACAAGUCAUCACCAUUGGAAAUGAAAGAUUCCGAUGUCCAGAAACUCUUUUCCAGCCAUCCUUUAUAGGGAUGGAGUCUGCAGGAAUCCAUGAAACUACAUACAACAGCAUUAUGAAAUGUGAUAUUGACAUCCGUAAGGAUCUAUAUGCCAACAAUGUACUCUCUGGAGGAACCACAAUGUAUCCUGGUAUUGGUGACCGUAUGCAGAAAGAGAUCACAGGUUUGGCUCCAAGUACCAUGAAAAUUAAGAUGAUUGCACCACCAGAACGUAAAUACUCCGUCUGGAUUGGAGGUUCAAUAUUGGCAUCACUGUCCACUUUUCAGCAGAUGUGGAUUAGUAAGGAUGAAUACGAGGAAGCUGGGCCCUCUAUUGUCCAUCGCAAGUGCUUUUGAAUGCUUCCAUUGGCUACUGUCUGUGAUAAGAAGUGCUGUUUCUCUACACAUUACCUGCUCUUCUUUGCUAUGAGUGAAUCCUGGUUUGGCUUUCCUCUACUUGCAAUAAAGCACAUUGUGUGGAUGUCACAUGAAUUAGUACAUUACUUCUAAGCUUUUAAUGCUCAAACAAGGCUAACUUUUCAGUGAUAGGUGUUUUUCAAGAUUAAUUACAGCAAUUGUAGUACACAGUUUGUAGACACCUCCCCAGUUUUUAAGAUCUAACUGCCAUACAUGGAGGAGGUGGCAUACCUUACAGCUGUAUGUUAGUCUCUGCUAUUUGGGGUUAAGUCUGAAGAACGCAAGUAGUAUGGGAUUCUUUCAAACUCGCACAUAAUGCAAGAUUUGGGUACCAUAUGUGGCUUUUUUUGUGCAGUUCAGUGGCAGACAGGAUUUUUCUAAGGGGAUUUAUUUUACUGAGGAUACAGCGGAUUUAUGUGGGAUCUACUGUGCACAUAGUGUUCAUUUGGUAGUGCUCAUAUGGAUGUCUUUCCUUUGUCUGCUGAAAUUGUUUGGCGGGAGUCCUUUGUCUCCCUGUGACCACCACUCACCAACAGCAAUGAGUUUCAACAAGCUACAGUGACAUUUGCACAUAGACGUAACAGGCUAACUUAGUUCUAAUAUUGUUUUAUUCAUCUCUUUUACCGGGCAGUCAAAUGAUAUUUCAUUUACUUCAUCUGUAUCUGUGCUAUGCUAAGCUAAUGGUUAUUGAGUAAAUAAUAACCUUUUAAAUAUGUUAUUAAAAUAUUCUGGGUUUAAUGGAUCAAUGAAAGUGUAAUUAUCCAUGUAAAGCUGAUGGUAGCAUACAUUAAUUUCACAGAGUUUACUUUAUCUGUUAUACAUAAAAUAAUAAUUACUGAGUUCUAAUUUAAUUUUAUUAUGAAAAUGGCUUCAUUUCCUCUGAGUUUUCUAGUCAAAUAAUUUUUAAGUGAAAACAGAAUUGUUUCACAAUUUCCAUUAAAAAUUUACAUCUUCCUGAAUAAGGAAUGUUCAUAAUGUUUUUUUUUUUAUGAUGAUUAAAGCAAGUUAUGGAGAUCACGUUUUACUGUUUCAGAUACCAGAAAAGUGUGUUCUAUAUGAUUCUGGAUUUUGGAUUGGUGGUGAUGUAGGUUUUGAUGUCAUUCAUUGUUUAAAUAAAACCUUCUGAGUUACUGCACUGAGAA